GCUGCUGCCAAUGUGAAGGAAUUAUUUUCCAUGGAUUGUAUGUGAUCGUGUUGGAUGGGCUGUGAGAUCCCGGGAAGAUGGGGGCUCUGACACUGACUUGUGCACUUCUUCUGGCAACUUUCUGUGCAGGCUCUGGGCACAAUGAAGAGGACCCCAGGGAGUGCAUCUAUUACAACGUCAACUGGGAGACUGAGAAGACAAACCAGAGUGGUGUGGAAAGGUGUGAUGGAGAGAAGGACAAGCGGCUUCAUUGCUAUGCAUCUUGGAGGAAUAAUUCUGGCUUCAUUGAACUUGUGAAGAAAGGCUGUUGGUUAGACGAUUUCAAUUGCUAUGACAGGCCGCAGUGUGUAGCAAAGGAGGAGAACCCGCAAGUAUUUUUCUGCUGCUGUGAUGGGAACUACUGCAAUGAGAAGUUUACCCAUUUGCCUGAUGUCGAAACUUUUGAUCCAAAGGCUCAGCAGCCAGUGUCAGUCUUGAACAUUCUGGUGUAUUCUCUGCUUCCCAUUGCUGGUCUGUCUAUAGCCAUUCUGCUGGCGUUCUGGAUGUAUCGCCACCGGAAACCUCCCUAUGGCCAUGUUGAUAUUAAUGAGGAUCCAGGGCCACCUCCGCCAUCUCCAUUAGUUGGGCUUAAACCCCUGCAGUUAUUGGAAAUCAAGGCAAGGGGCCGUUUUGGCUGUGUUUGGAAGGCAAGGCUGAUGAACGAAUUUGUAGCUGUGAAAAUUUUUUCCAUUCAGGAAAAGCAGUCCUGGCAGAGUGAGCGAGAAAUCUUUAACACCCCAGGCAUGAAACAUGAAAACCUCUUGCAAUUUAUUGCAGCCGAGAAGAGAGGAGCAAACCUGGAAAUGGAACUGUGGCUAAUCACUUCUUUCCAUGAAAAGGGCUCUCUGACAGACUAUCUAAAAGGAAACAUCAUAAACUGGAACGAACUGUGCCACAUUGCAGAGUCCAUGGCACGAGGGUUGGCGUACCUUCAUGAAGACGUGCCUCGCUGUAAAGGCGAAGGGCACAAGCCAGCAAUUGCUCACAGAGAUUUUAAAAGUAAGAACGUAUUGUUGAAACAUGACCUGACAGCAAUUUUGGCAGAUUUCGGGUUAGCUGUACGGUUUGAACCUGGAAAACCUCCUGGUGAUACUCAUGGGCAGGUUGGAACCAGGAGGUAUAUGGCUCCUGAGGUGCUAGAAGGAGCAAUUAACUUCCAGCGAGAUGCCUUUCUCAGGAUAGACAUGUAUGCCAUGGGGCUUGUCCUGUGGGAGAUUGCAUCUAGAUGUACAGCUGCUGAUGGGCCUGUUGAUGAGUAUAUGUUACCAUUUGAAGAAGAGAUUGGUCAGCAUCCAUCUUUAGAAGACUUACAGGAAAUAGUGGUGCACAAGAAAAUGCGCCCUGUAUUUAAAGACCACUGGUUAAAACAUCCAGGUUUGGCACAGUUGUGUGUCACAAUUGAAGAGUGCUGGGACCAUGAUGCGGAAGCGCGGCUGUCUGCAGGCUGUGUGGAGGAACGCAUUUCUCAGGUCCGCAAAUCAGUGAAUGGCACUACCUCGGACUGCCUUGUAUCCAUUGUUACAUCUGUCACCAAUGUGGACUUGCCGCCCAAAGAGUCCAGUAUCUGAGUCAUUUGUUACUUUUGUCUUUCCAGACUCAAAAUUCAAAACAGCAGAAAAAUCUAUGAAAAAAAUCUAUAUAAAUCUAUAAAAAAAAAAGGAAAAAAUGCACCUACACACAUACACAUGAAUGCAGCUGCUAUUUUAACUUGACUUUUUUUUAUUAUUAUGGGUUUGUGUUGGAAUUUUUUUUUUUUAAUUUUGUUUCUCGCGGGGAUGGGUUGGAUCAAUUUUACCAGCACGUUGUUCUAUUGUACAUAUAUAUAAAUAUAUGAAUAUUAAAAAAAAAUCAAAAACAGAAAAAAAAACAACAAACAUCUCAGCAAGCAUUCAGGUGCCGACUUAUGAAUGCAAAAAGGUGAAGGUACUUCAGAACCUCAACAAACUCCUUUUUUAGGUAAUACAAUGUUGGUUUCUCUUAAAGUGUGAGGUUCUCAGAAGAGGACCCAUUGGAGACCACCUACAAAAUGCUGCAGACUUUGUAGUAAGCUAAAGACUGUUACAUAAGAAACACCUUCCACAAACAAGAUUUCCUCUCAACAACCGUGAUCACCUUCUAUUCUGGACCUAGCUCUCCAAAAAUUGUCUGUUGUGUCUUUUACGGAUCUAACGGGUGUCUUUGUAACAUGUAGAGAAACUCAAAACAGAAUGUUCUCUCAUUUUGAGAGCUAAAUAUUUCAGAGGUUCUUUGUGCGGGCAGGGCAGAUGGUGGUUGCACAUUGCAGCAUUUGGCCAAUGGUUUAUUGCUAUGAAGCUACUUCUCAGGUAAACCUAUUUAAAAGGGGAAGGAUGCUUUUUCAGUGCAGAACAUUGCCAUACUAAACCAGGGCAGAGAAAGGAAGGCCUAAAUAGUCUCAUGGCGUGGUAUAACCUAAGAAUGAUGAUCUUGCAGUCCUUUGGCUUUGGAGAAUGUUCAUGUCCAAACUGUUGACUGGCAGGAUGUACUGGAACAAUUACAUCUCCAUAGUUUU